CCAAAAUGUCGAUGCUCAAAAAGAGAAAGCUUAAUGCCCCAGCUGGAACCGCACCGGUGAAGGUCAAGUCCACGAAGGGAGAGCACCCGGCGAAGACGAAGAAGCCUGCGAAGCCCGCACCGCCACCGGCACCCGAGAGCAGCGAAGAUGAGGCCGAGGAGGAGGCAGCAGUAGAGCACACAAAUGGAGAUACCGCCGAGGACGACACACCAAAAUCCGACGAAGCAAAGAAGACGUUUGCCGAUUUGGGCGUGCGCGAAGAGCUAUGCGACGCCUGCGAAGCCCUCAAGUUCACCCGCCCCACGCCUAUUCAAACAGAGGCCAUCCCGUUGGCACUUGAGGGCCGCGAUGUUAUCGGACUGGCAGAGACAGGUUCUGGAAAGACAGCAGCGUUCGUACUGCCCAUUCUGCAAGCUUUGCUCGAGAAGCCGCAGGGACUCUUCGGACUCAUCCUCGCCCCAACUCGCGAGUUAGCGUACCAGAUUUCACAGCAGGUCGAUGCACUUGGUAGCAUCAUCAAUGUGAAGUGCGCAACGCUGGUUGGUGGCAUGGAUAUGGUUCCGCAGGCAAUCGCACUAUCGAAGCGCCCGCAUAUUGUCGUCGCAACACCUGGACGCCUGCUCGACCACCUCGAAAAUACAAAGGGGUUUUCACUGCGGUAUCUGAAGUACAUGGUCCUUGACGAAGCUGACCGUCUUCUCGAUCUCGACUUCGGCCCUGUUCUUGACAAGAUCUUGAAGGUUCUGCCACGCGACGGACGCCAUACCUACCUUUUCUCGGCUACCAUGUCCUCGAAGGUCGAGUCGCUGCAGCGCGCCGCCCUGCAGAACCCUGUCCGCGUGUCCAUUUCCAGCUCCAGCCACCAGGUGGUCUCCACACUGCUGCAGCGGUAUUUCUUCCUCCCUCACAAGCACAAGGACCUUUUCCUGAUCCACUUGCUCAACGAGAACAUCGGGCAUCCCACAAUCAUCUUCACAAGAACAGUCAACGAAACACAGCGCAUCGCCAUUCUAUUGCGUACCCUUGGCUUUGGCGCCAUUCCACUACAUGGUCAGCUCUCACAAUCGGCGCGUCUGGGUGCCCUGAACAAGUUCAAGCAAAAGUCACGCGACAUCCUCGUCGCCACGGACGUUGCGUCGCGUGGUCUGGAUAUUCCCUCCGUCGACCUUGUCGUCAACCUUGAUCUGCCAGCUGACAGCCAAACAUACGUGCACCGCGUCGGUCGUACAGCGCGUGCGGGUAAGUCUGGAAAGGCUGUUUCGUUUGUCACUCAGUACGAUGUUGAGAUUUGGCUGAGAAUCGAGAACGCACUGGGCGCGCAGAUCGAGGAAGAGGUUGUCCCGAAGGACGAGGCACUAGUGUAUGCUGAGCGAGUUGGCGAAGCGCAGAGGACUGCUGUCAAGGAGAUGAAGUUGAUUCAUGAGCAGCGCGGGAAAGGGAGAGGCGGUGGUGGAGGCAGGGGAGGGAUGCGGGGCAAGAGGGGGCGUGGCGACAUGGAUGCGGAGGAGGGAUGA